ACGUCAAUGUAAACAAAAAUUCAACUCUUCAUCUUCGCUUUCGCUCGUUCGUUACAGUCGCUAGGUAUACACUAAACGUUACCUACCUAGAUAGGUACCUACACUAACUAUGGCUUCCUCGUAUUCAUAUCCUGAAUUAUUUUUGGCGGGUUUUAUAUUUACCUUGCCAUUUUUAUAUGAAAAGAGUAACCUUUUCAGAUAUUAUUUCAAAUUUUUGCUUUACUAUGCAUAUGUUUUAAUUACUUGUACUAUUUUAUUACCAGUGGUGUUGUUAUAUCCAAGGGAUGUUACAAACCUAAUCGUUGCUUCCAGAUUUUGUCGCUAUGCGUCUUAUAUAGUUGGUAUAGAAUGGGAAUUAAGAGGUUUGGAACACUGGGAUAAUGAACAGUGCUAUAUAGUAAUAUCCAACCACCAGAGUUCUCUAGAUAUUUUAGGAAUGUUUGAGAUGUGGCCUCGCAUGAAACGAUGUACUGUGGUUGCAAAGCGACCACUUAUGUUUACUGGUGCAUUCGGAUUUGGAGCAUGGCUCUCUGGACUUGUUUUCAUUGAUCGUCUUAAAACUGAUAAAGCACGAAAGCUAAUGAGAGAUGCCACAGAGAGAGUGAAACAAGAAAAGACAAAACUGUGGGUAUUUCCUGAAGGAGCAAGAUUUAACAAGGGCAGUAUACAACCCUUCAAAAAAGGAGCAUUUUACUUGGCAAUUGAUGCACAGAUCCCAAUUAUGCCUGUUGUGUUUAGCCAAUAUUAUUUUCUUGAUAAUGAAACAAAGACAUUUGAACCAGGAAAAGUGGUGAUAACAACUUUGCCUCCAAUUCCUACUAAAGGGCUGACUCGUGAUGACUUAGAUGCACUCUCUGAGCAGGCUCGAGACCAAAUGAUUGAAGUUUUCAACGAAAGCUCCAAAGAUUUAGUAAUACAGAACAAAGUUGUUGUAUAAUUACACUUCCUCUUUUGUAAGAGUAAAAUAUGUAAAAAAUGUAAAACAAUUCCAUAAACAGAGAUUUACCCUAAUGAAUAUUACCUAAGAAAAAUAUUGAUGUCCUCCUGGUAUACUAGUUUUUACAAUCAUUUUUUUCUAGUCACAUAGUACCUGUUUGGUUUAUAUUCCUUGUUGAUUAAUGAGAUAGUAUUAUUUACUCAUUAGUAUUAUUAUAGUUCUAAGUUUUACUUUACAAUGAUUGUUAUUAAUUUUUCUUAUAAAAUUAUGCUCUUAGAAAAUCUAGUCAAUGAGCUUUUUAUAGCCCAAAUUAUUUAAUUAAAGUAAGUUAAAAAAUCUCACUAACAUACUUUGUCACUUUCCUACACAUGGAAAUAAUCCAUUUUGCUUUAGUUUAAAAUGAAUGAAAUAUGUACAUUUAUCAUUUUUGGCUGUGUAAUAUACUUACAUAAGUGUCUUUAAUGGUGAGGUUGUGAGAGUGUUAGCAAGUUUUCUAGUCAUUCAUCAUACAUCAAUUCUACAUUUUCAUAAUAAAACAGGGUUGUAUAAAUUGUCACAAUAAAUGAAAGCAAAUUAAUUCGAGAAUGUUAAUAAAACUUCAUCUCAUUUGCAUUGAUAAAUAAUAAUCUUUAUUAAAAAUAAUGAAUGAGCGAGAAACACAUUUUUUGAGAGUGCAUUCACAGAUAAAGUUAUAUAUUAAAUAUUUUAAUCUUAUACUUAAUUCUCAAAAAUCUUUAGGUAUAACAUUUCAUUAUAUUGUUGUACUUUGAAAUUACAUAAAUGUAAGUUGUAGUACAUCCUAGUGCAACAUCACUCGAUACCACUCUUCUUGGGUGAUGAUUUUAUUCAAAUUUAAUUUACUUGUGUAAAUGAAAUUUGAGUAAAAUUUCUUCCUCUCGGGUCUGUUGGAAGAGAUUUCUUUAGAAAUAAGCAGUACCUAUUCCACUUUUUAUUUUUCCUAUAUAAUCUGUUCGUGUACAUGUACAUAAACUGGUAAAUAAAAAAAAAACCGCAGCGACCCAACUACUGAGUAUAACCGUGUUAGAGUCUUUUAGUGCUAAUUUUACCAAUGUCCCAUUUGUAUCACACUGUACCAGGGUUACAAACUAAAUUGAUAUGUACAAUCUACAUCAAAUAGUAUGAAUUAUACUGAAAUGGCUUGUAGAAAUUUUGUGCAAAUAAAUGCACUUAACUGAAA